UGUGUAGCUUGCCGCUGUCAAAAAUUGUUGUGAGUUGUGGUUGUGUGGAUAAUAAAAUUACGAAAUUAAACUAAAAUAUCAAUCACAAUGGUUCAUUGAGUUAAAAUCGAGGAGUUACGAUAAACGGCCACCAUGUCGUUGGAAAUUCCUUUGAUGAGCACCGAUGAGGUGAUAGAGCUCGAUCCUGAGCAACUACCCUCCGGUGAUGAAGUACUCAGCAUAUUGCAGCAGGAGCGCUCCCAACUCAAUGUCUGGAUCAAUGUCGCUCUUGCUUACUACAAACAAAAGAAGAUCGAUGACUUCCUCAAAAUACUUGAGUCGUCCCGUGUGGAUGCCAAGAUUGGUUAUCGGGACUUUGAAAGGGAUCAGAUGCGAGCUCUUGAUAUGCUCGCAGCAUACUAUGUCCAAGAAGCCAAUAAAGAGAAGUCAAAAGAUAAGAAAAAAGAGUUGUUCACUAAAGCAACUCUUCUCUAUACUAUGGCCGAUAAAAUUAUCAUGUAUGACCAGAAUCAUCUGUUGGGUCGUGCUUACUUCUGCUUGCUGGAAGGAGACAAGAUGGGUCAGGCUGAUACCCAGUUCAAUUUUGUACUGAAUCAGUCUCCAAAUAAUGUACCAUCAUUACUUGGAAAAGCGUGUAUUGCCUUCAAUAGAAAGGACUAUAGAGGAGCGCUGGCUUUUUAUAAGAAAGCAUUGAGAACAAAUCCAAACAGUCCAGCUGCUUUACGUCUUGGCAUGGGCCACUGUUUUAUGAAACUGAACAAUCAGGAGAAGGCUAGGAUGGCAUUUGAAAGAGCUUUGCAACUGGAUCCACAGUGCGUCGGUGCUUUGGUCGGUCUGUCUAUUCUAAAACUUAAUUUACAAGAGAGUGAAUCCAACAAAGUGGCAGUGAUCAUGUUGACAAAAGCGUAUGUUAUAGACCCGAAAAAUCCAAUGGUUUUGAACCAUUUGGCUAACCACUUUUUCUUUAAAAAGGACUACGGUAAAGUACAGAGGUUGGCUUUACACGCCUUUCACAAUACGGAAAACGAGGCCAUGCGUGCCGAAAGCUGUCACCACCUUGCCCGGGCGUUCCACGCUCAGGGGGACUGCGUGCAGGCCUUCCAGUAUUACUACCAGGCCACACAGUUUGCUCCACCCAACUUCGUACUCCCACAUUACGGACUGGGACAGAUGUAUAUUUAUAGAGGUGAUACGGAAAAUGCUGCACAGUGUUUUGAGAAGGUACUAAAGGCACAACCUGGUAACUACGAGACAAUGAAGAUCCUUGGUUCCCUCUAUGCCAACUCUCCCUCACAACUCCAAAGGGAUAUCGCUAGACAACAUCUAAAGAAGGUCACAGAACAGUUUCCUGAUGAUGUUGAAGCGUGGAUCGAGUUGGCACAGAUAUUAGAACAAAAUGACUUGCAGGGAUCUCUAAAUGCAUACAGUACUGCGAUGAAAAUUCUGAAAGAGAAGGUAAAAGCUGACAUUCCAGCUGAAAUACUGAAUAAUGUGGCCGCUCUGCACUACCGGCUCGGGAACUUGGAUGAUGCUAUGAAAUAUCUGGAGGAGGCAUUGGAAAGAGAGAAGAUGGAAGCAGAGACACUAGACGCACAAUACUACAACAGUAUAGCUGUGACUACCAUGUAUAACUUAGCCCGACUCAACGAGGCUCUGUGCAUGUAUAACAAAGCUGAAAAACUAUAUAAGGACAUAUUGAAGGAGCAUCCUAAUUAUAUUGAUUGUUAUUUGAGGUUAGGCUGCAUGGCCCGAGACAAGGGUCAAAUCUACGAGGCCUCCGACUGGUUCAAGGAAGCGCUGAAGGUUAACACGGAGCACCCUGACACCUGGUCACUGCUGGGCAACCUGCAUUUAGCGCAGCAGGAGUGGAGUCCUGGACAGAGGAAGUUCGAGAGGAUACUUCAGAAUCCGGCUACUUCCAGUGAUGCUUACUCAUUGAUUGCUCUCGGCAAUGUUUGGCUUCAGACGCUACACCAGCGCGAGCGGGACAAGGAGCGGCGGCACCAGGAGCGCGCGCUGGCGAUGUACAAGCAGGUGCUCAAGAACGACCCGCGCAAUAUCUGGGCCGCCAACGGCAUCGGCUGCGUGCUCGCGCACAAGGGGUGUAUAAACGAGGCGCGCGACAUAUUCGCCCAAGUCCGUGAAGCGACAGCGGACUUUCCCGACGUGUGGAUGAACAUAGCUCACAUAUACGUCGAGCAGAAACAGUAUAUCAACGCUAUUCAGAUGUACGAGAACUGCAUCCGCAAAUUCCGUCUACACCACGACGUAGAAUGGCUGACGUGGUUAGGGCGAGCGCAGACUCUCGCCGGCCGUGCGCGUCAGGCCCGCGCGACGUUGUUACGCGCGCGUCGCGUCGCACCGCACGAUCCUGCGCUUACGCACAACGUCGCGCUAGCGCUGCGUCGUUUGGCGGCUCAUGUGCUGCGUGAUGAAAGAGCGGAGUUACGCGCUGUGUUGCGUGCUGUACACGAGCUGCAUGUUAGCCACAGAUACUUCCUCCGUCUGAGCGGCGCUCCGCCCGCCACACCCGUGCAGGGCACUCCCGCGCCGGCGACGGAGGCGGCGCGACGCGACAACGGCGCAGCGGCGGAGGCCCGCACGUGCGCCGAUCUACUGUCGCAGGCGCAAUGGCACGUCGCGCGAGCUAGACGACAGCACGAGGAAGAGUUGACGCUGAGGGACAGACAGAGAGAGCAGCGCGAGGCGUUCCGCAGGCAGCAGGAGGAAGAGCGUCGCCGUCGUCUCGAGGAGCAGACAAAGAGCAGCGUGGAGGCGGCAGCUAAGCGACAGCAGUUCGUGGAGCGGACCCGCAACGCUGUGGUCUUUCAGGAGGCCCCGCCAGACAGACCCAAGGGCAAAGGCCGAGGGAGGAGAGACGAGUAUGUCAGUGAUAGCAGCGGAUCAGAUGGACCUAAGGAGGAAGGUCGCGAGCCGAAGCAGCGUAAGCGCAAGGAGAAAGGCGAGCGUAAACGCGGCCGCAAGCGCGACCGCAGCGGCAGCGACACCGACCGACCCAAGAAACGCGGACGGAAGAAGGGAGAGAAAGGCAUCGGUCGUCGCGAGAAAGCGGCUAAACUCGCCGAGGAGAAACUCAGCAACAAGCAACGAGCGAAGAUCGUGUCGAAGGAGACUAUAUCCACUUCGGAGUCCGACUCGGACGCCGGGCGGAAGUCGCGAAGUCGCAGUCGUAGUCGCAGUCGUGGCGGCAGUCGCAGCCCGCCGGCUAAUAAGGGCCGCAAGAGGAUCAUGUCCGCUUCUGAUAGUGACAGGUCAAAGAGCCGUUCGAAGUCGCGCAGUCGCUCGCGUUCCGGCUCCGCUAAAAGCCGAUCUAGAUCCAGAUCUAAAAGCGGAUCGCGAUCUAAGAGCCGAUCUAGAUCGAGAAGUCGUUCGAAGUCAAAGAGCCGUUCUAGAAGUCGGUCGAAGUCCAAGAGCCGUUCGAGAAGUCGGUCGAAGUCCAAGAGCCGUUCCAGAAGUCGGUCUAAGUCCAAGAGCCGUUCUAGAAGUCGGUCGAAGUCCAAGAGCCGUUCUAGAAGUCGGUCGAAGUCGAGAAGCCGUUCGAAGAGUAGAUCUCGCUCUAAGAGCCGUGCGAGGUCUAAAAGCGCUUCGCGCUCUAGAUCAAGAUCCAAGAGCAGGUCCCGAUCGAAGUCGCGAUCGCGUUCUCGGUCGCGAUCGAAGAGCCGAUCGCGCAGCCGAUCCGGCUCCCGAUCUCGAUCCGGUUCCCGAUCUAGAUCCGGCUCGAGAAACUCCCGUCCGGCAACGCCGGAGUCGAGGAAAUCCGUUUCCGCCAGCGAAGACGAGAAUUAGUGUACAUUACUCCAUUAUUAACAUUUCAAUUAUUAUAAUCGUUCGAUUUUUUGACGUACAACUCAUAUACAAGGUGUAAAGCUCUGGUUUCCUCCAAGGCUACCAUUUUUUUCAUCAUUUCCAUUCACCGCAAUACAGCGGUGAAUGACGUCACUAGAACGUUGUCUAUGUGGGCGGUAUGUCGCGGUUUCCUAGAGAACGGUGUCAAUUACCGUUUUCUAGGAAACCGCGCCAUAUUGCUUACAUGGACAGCGUUCUAGUGACGUCAUACACCGCUGUAUUACGGCCGUUGCUUGACGGCGCCGCUUUUGGAGGAAACCAGAGCUUAACAGAACAAAGUGAUGUGUAUGUGUCACUAAUAUAGAGCUCAUUGUGAAAGUAGCUGAAAAAGCAAUUUUUUGUCAUUUGUAUUGU